AUGUCUUCAACACCUGAAUAUCAGCCCUUUCUGAAAUACUCGGACAAUCCUACUGCCGAAGAGACAACCUCUCCCCAACGACAUGCUAGCCGCCGCAACACGUUCCUUUCUCAUGCCUCAGUGCUUGUUGGCACAUCGCUGGUCUGGGUUUUUGUUUUCUUUUUGACGAACCCCUCAAUCAAAACGACUUCCUCAAGACAACAAACGUCGUCAUCUGGACUGCCACAUGUCUUCGUUCCCGGAGAACGCCACAACAUCACAAGCGGCAUGAAGAAGAUAUCCUGCGGAAGCACAACGCAAGAAGCGAGAGCUAAAGGCUGCAAAUACGACAUUCUUCUGAAUCACUGGGUACCAGAGGUAUGCUUUGAUAAGGAAUCUGUCGACGAAUACCAGGAAGAUGGUAGUUGGGGUGCUUUCGCCGACAUUAACAUGACGGAACGCUUGACGGUUGAUGAAAUGUCUGAAAGAGACUUUUACUGGACUUCAGUCCGUGAUCACAUUAAUCACUGCGCCAUAAUGUGGAGGCGUCAGUUCUACGCCUUUUUUGAUGAUCGGGCUGCGAUAGAUUCAAUUGUUUCAAGCCCUGGACACACUGAGCACUGCUCCCAAUACCUAAUGGAUGCAGUAGAAGCUAAAUGGAAAGAGCCUACAAAAACGAUGAGGGGGUUUGCAGGCUGCUGGAUUCGGGAGUAG